AUGGCAGGACUCCUCUCGGCUGACCGGCUGGCCGGCCAUCCCGCCGUCCUGCUCGUCCUACGAGCUGCCAUCGCCGUCCUGUCGCUGGCCGUGCUCAGUCUGGCCGCCCUGGCCAUGGCCGUGUCGCACGCCAUAGCCGCAGCUCUGGACCGUGACGGCUACACCGAGACCGGCUACAUCAGCUAUGAUGGUACGGCCGUGCUGCUUGUUCUGGUUGCCACCAAGACGCUGCUGCUCGGCGGCCUGCUGACGUGGUUGGAGCGGCGUCACCCCGGCGGCCUGCGCCUGGCCCAUCCGCUCGCCGUCCUGGCCUGCGUCGUCUCGGCCGGCUUCUGGCUGGCCGCCUGGACCUGGGCGGCAUCGGUCGCGUCGGCCUGGCUGCACGCCGUCUGCGAAGACGGCGAUGGCGACGGGGUCGAGGCGAACACAUGCGCCGUGCUCAGCCGCAACGCCAGGAAAAAGGGCGCCGCUCUGGGAACGUGUGCCGGCCUCGGGGCGCUCGUCUGGAUCCUCUGCAUCAUUCACCUCGUCAUCUUCUUUCGUGCCUGUGUCCGAGAAUCCAAGGCUCCCUCACAAACGGAGCUCGACCAACUGCCCGGUCACGAUAAAGAACCCCCGGUUGCGUUUGUCCCCGCUCCACCAUAUCAGCCGUCCUAUCAGUCAUACCAGCACCCGUCGCAGCCGAUCCAGCAGCCGCCGGCCUACAGUCGAUAG